AUGCCGAGGGGCAGCCUAGGGCUCCUGGUCUGCAUCCUGUGCGGUGCAGUCAGAGCCUAUCCCGAUGCCUCUCCGCUGCUUAGCUCCAGCUUGGGGGGCCUGAUCCACCUCUACACAGCCACAGCCAGGAACGGCUACCACCUGCAGAUCCACAAGGAUGGCCAUGUGGAUGGCACACCCCAUCAGACCAUCUACAGUGCCCUGAUGAUAAGAUCAGAGGACAGUGGCUUUGUGGUGAUAAUAGGUGUGAUGAGUAGAAGAUACCUCUGCAUGGACUUCAAAGGCAACAUUUUUGGAUCACAUCACUUCAGCCCCGAGAGCUGCAAGUUCCGCCAGCGAACGCUGGAGAAUGGCUACGACGUGUAUCACUCGCCCCAGCAUCACUUCUUCGUCAGCCUGGGCCGGGCUAAGAGGGCCUUCCUGCCGGGCACGAAUCCCCCGCCUUACUCCCAGUUCUUGUCCCGAAGGAAUGAGAUCCCCCUGUUCCAGUUUAACACCCCGCGGCCGCGGCGGCACACGCGCAGCGUGGAGGACUACAAAGACUACGAUUUGGACCCCGACCCGCUGAAAGUUCUGAGGCCCCGUCCCCGGUGGGUCCCCGCCCUGCCCUCCUGCUCCCAGGAGCUCCCGAGUGCCGAGGACAAUAGCGUGGUUGCCAAAGACCCGAGUGCCGAGGACAACAGUGUGGUAGCCAGCGACCCGUUAGGGGUGCUCAGGCCCAGCAGGAAUUAUCGAUCCUUGCUGAAUAAAGAUAUCAUCACAGCCAUCACUCAUGUCUGUAGAGACACUUAG